AUGCCCUUCAAAAUACAACUAGAGCGAAGAGGGACUGAUGAUUUGGGUGCUGCACCUCCUAAAAUUAUGCAGUUGGUGAAAUCAUGGAAUCUAAAGGAGCAUGAAGGGUGGAAGCCUUGUGCUAACAAAAGUGUUCCUCAAACAGAAUUGCCAAAGUCAAAUGGGUUCCUUAUAAUUGAAGCAAACGGUGGCUUGAAUCAGCAACGCCUUUUGAUAUGUGAUGCUAUUGCUGUUGCUGGACUACUAAAUGCAACUCUUGUUAUUCCAAUAUUUCAUUUAAACAGUGUGUGGCGAGACAAAAGCAACUUUGGUGACAUUUUUGAUGAAGAUUUCUUCAUAGAAACACUUGGAAAUCGUGUGCACGUGGUAAGAGAGCUCCCAAGUGACAUACUUCAGAGGUUCAAUAAUAACAUAAGUAACAUUGUCAAUUUUAGAGUUAAAGCUUGGUCUAGUCCUGCUCACUAUCUUCAGAAGGUCCUUCCUCAACUAUUAGAAAUGAGAGCUAUUCGCAUUGCACCUUUCUCCAACAGAUUAGCUCAGGAUGUACCCUCAAAAAUUCAAGAGCUUAGGUGCUUUGCCAAUUUUGGAGCUCUCAGAUUUUCAGAAUCUAUAAGAACACUUGCAGAAAGCAUGGUUAAUCGGAUGGUUGAACAUAGCUCCCACAGUGGAGGGAAAUAUGUUUCUGUGCAUCUUCGAUUUGAGGAGGAUAUGGUUGCAUUUUCAUGCUGUGAGUAUGAUGGUGGGGAGGAGGAGAAGCAUGAAAUGGAUAUUGCUCGCGAAAGGAGUUGGCGAGGCAAAUUCAGGAGAAGACAUAGGGUAAUAAAGCCUGGUGUAAAUCGGGUUGAUGGAAGAUGCCCAUUGACUCCUUUGGAGGUGGGAAUGAUGCUUAGAGGAAUGGGUUAUGAUAAUACAACCUCCGUAUAUGUUGCAGCAGGAAAGAUAUAUAAAGAACAGAAGUACAUGGCACCACUCAGACAGAUGUUUCCACGAUUACAAACCAAGAAUACACUGGCUACUCCAGAAGAGCUUGCUCAAUUCAUGGGCUACUCUUCUAGGUUGGCUGCUCUUGAUUAUACCGUUUGCCUACACAGUGAAGUCUUUGUUACAACCCAGGGUGGAAAUUUUCCACACUUCUUGAUGGGUCACAGAUGCUAUAUAUAUGGAGGACAUGCAAAGACAAUUAAACCUGAUAAGCGAAAAUUGGCUCUACUAUUCGAUUGCUCUCUUUCUUGGUGGGAAGUUUUCAAACAACAAAUGAAAGACAUGCUUCAUCACAGUGAUCAAAAGGGCAUCGAGUUGAAAAAGUCUGGUGCUUCUCUUUAUACGUUUCCCAUGCCAGAUUGCAUGUGUAAACAGGAAGAAGCAAGAAGUAGAAAUUGUAGCUCUAGGAAAUAUAUGAUGUUUUGAGUGUAAAUAUAU